UUGCACCAGUAUAAAUCUUCCUUGCUGCCAGCUCGACCAAAGAACACAAAAGAAUAGCACCACCUCGGAAGCUAAUCAGAGGCCAUGAGGUACGGCGAGGUGGCGCACUUCAGCCACCCGCAGCACCGGCUCCGGCUGGAGCAACUGGACACGCCGUUCCGGUGCGACGGCUGCAAGGAGGUCGGCAUCGGCGCGCGUUACCGCUGCCCCGUCCAGGGCUGCGCCGCCGACCACGACCUCCACCGCCAAUGCGCGCUCCCGCUCUCCCCGCCGCCGCCGCCGCUCCGGCACCCGUUCUACCCCAAGUGCGCCUUCCACUUCAUGGCGCGCGCGCCGGGCGCCCCCGGGACGCGCUACUGCAACGCGUGCGGCCGCGACGUCGCCGGCUUCGUCUACCACUGCCGCGCCUGCGGCUUCGACCUGCACCCCUGCUGCGCCACGCUGCCGCACGCCCUGGACGCCAGCGACCGCGGUGGCAGGGUCGGCGUGAGGCUGUACCUGCACCCCAAGGCCGAGGCCGCGUGCCACCGGUGCGGCCACCGCGGGCGGAGCUGGACGUACCGAAGCCACUGCAAGAGCUACAGCCUCCACGUGGCGUGCGUGAUGGACAUGGUCGUCGAGAGCUGGAGCGGCAUCGGGCGGAGCAAGGGCGCUAGCGCCGGAGGAAGGGGCGUGUACGACGGUGCGUUGGUGGCGGGGAGCGGCGGGUACAGGGUGCCGGUGAUAAGGGGCGCGGCGAAGAGCAGCCACGCGAGCCGGGGAGGGUCGUACUGGGGGAUGAGGAAGGGCAAGGUGAAGCGCUGCUGCGAGAUCGCCGGGUUCGCGGCGCAGGUGGUCAUCUCCGCGGUGCUCGGUGACCCCACCGCGCUCAUAGCCGGCGUCGUCGGCUCGCUCAUAGCGCGGUGACCACUGCCGGGCGCCGCCGUGCUCUUGGAGUGAAACAUGUUGUAAAUACUACUCCUGCUCCGUACUCCGGACGUGACCUACGUGGCGCUGCAUGCAAAUUAUAUAACCGGUGUCCACGUCAGUGGAUCAAUGCCCCCGCGUGUCAGUGUAGCGUAGUUCUCUUUAAAACCUUAUUAUCGUGUUCCGGAGAAAAAGGUAAAAAAAUCCUCAAUCGUGUUGC